AUGGUCCUGCCGCGCCGGCGCGGCGGCCACAACCACCACCCGUGCCCGUGCCCGUGCCCGCGCCGCGCCGUUCUGCCGGCAGCGGCGCUACUGCUGCUCUUCCUCCUCGCCGCCGUCACGCUGCUCUACGUCUCUCCGCCGCCUCUGUCCGACCACCCGGCCCUCGCCUACUCCCGCCGCCGCUCCCCGCAUGCUCUGCUGAACAGCUCUGGUGGCAGCAGCCUAGUGGAGCCCGGGCGCCGCGAGAUUUCCCGGGUUCCAAAAGGUGGUUGGAUUGCGACAGAUGGCCUCUGGGGUUCGAAGCUCGCUAGCAAAUUCUAUGGGUGCAGCAACUCAAGCAGCAAGUUUCUUGAUUCAGGUGUUAUGACACAUCCAGACCGAUAUUUGAUGAUUGUUACAAGUGGAGGCCUCAAUCAACAGAGAACAGGGAUAAUUGAUGCUGUUGUUGCUGCACGUAUUUUAAAUGCAACACUCGUUGUUCCCAAAUUGGACCAAACCUCCUUCUGGAAAGAUGCAAGUGACUUUGCUGAAAUUUUUAACGCCGACUGGUUCAUCUCAUUUCUAUCAAAGGAUGUAAGGAUUGUGAAAGAGCUUCCAAAGAUAGGAGGUAAACUGUGGGCUCCUCAUAGAAUGCGUGUGCCCCGCAAAUGCACUCAGCGAUGUUACUUGAACCGUGUGUUGCCUGCACUUAUUAAGAAACAUGUUGUUCGACUAACAAAAUUUGAUUAUAGGCUAGCAAACAGGUUGGAUUCUGAUCUGCAAAAGCUGAGAUGCAGAGUUAACUACCAUGCAUUGAGAUUUACUGACCCAAUACAAGAAAUGGGUGAAAAGAUAGUACAGAGAAUGCGGGAGAGGAGCACAUAUUUUAUUGCUCUUCAUUUAAGAUUUGAACCAGAUAUGCUUGCCUUUUCUGGGUGCUACUACGGUGGUGGAGAAAAGGAGAGGAGAGAACUUGGUGUGAUACGGAAGAGAUGGAAAACCUUGCAUGCUAGCAAUCCAGAGAAAGAAAGAAGGCACGGUAGAUGCCCACUAACUCCUGAAGAGGUGGGGUUGAUGUUGAGGGCACUGGGCUACAGAAAGAAUGUUCAUAUUUAUGUUGCCUCUGGAGAUAUAUAUGGUGGGGCAAAGACAUUAGCACCCCUGAAAGCGCUCUUCCCCAAUCUUCAUACCAAAGAAACAGUAACAAGCAAAGACGAGCUGGCUCCGUUCUCAAAGUACUCAUCUCGCAUGGCCGCACUUGAUUUCAUUGUCUGUGAUGGAAGUGAUGCUUUUGUUACUAACAACAAUGGUAAUAUGGCCAAAAUUUUGGCUGGGCGAAGGAGAUAUCUUGGGCAUAAGAGAACGAUCCGACCAAAUGCGAGAAGGCUCUACUCCUUAUUCUUGAGCAGAGGAAACAUGUCCUGGGAUGCAUUCUCCUCCAAAGUGCACAUGGCCCAGAAAGGAUUUAUGGGGGAGCCCAAAGAGCUGAGGCCAGGAAGGGGGGAGUUCCACGAGAACCCCUCGACAUGUAUAUGUGAAAACACCGAUCCCAAGACACCGACCAAACCUAACCCUCGAAGUGAGCAAGGAUUGAGUAAUGGCACCGAGGGUAGGAAAGCCAUUACAGAGCCCACAGUUGCUAAUCAUACCAACGAGGAGUUGGGAGGAUCCAGUGCGGAAGAAGAUGACACUAGUGAGGAGAAAGAAGACGACACUAGUGCGGAGAAAGAAGAUGGCGCUAGUGAAGAGAAAGAGGAGAUAGUUGACCCGGAAGUGGAGGAUGAUGCGUUGGUGAGACCAGAUGAUCCUGAGCUGGAGGAGGUUCUUUCAGAUUAG